UCGAUCUUACAGAUCCUGGCUAUAGACAUCUUUUACUCCAACUCCCUGAUUAGUUUUAUUCCUUCUGGAUAAUAUAGGGUGGCGGCUUCUGGAAGGGAUGCUUGCUGCGGCUCUCUUCAUUGUGUCUUUGAUGACGUGUCAGCCUGGCGCAACCAUCCAGGAGAAAGUGGACCGGAGAGUAAGUCGGGCUGCUCAGAGUUUCACCCCCAGAGCAGUUACCUGCCGGCUGAACAACUGGUCAGAGUGGACAGAUUGCUUUCCGUGCCAGGACAAAAAGUACAGAUACCGGAGCCUCCUGCAGCCAAACAAGUUUGGGGGAACCAUCUGCAGUGGUGAUGUCUGGGAUCAAGCCAGCUGUCACAGUCCCACAGCUUGUCUAAGGCAAGCACAAUGUGGACAGGAUUUCCAGUGUAAGGAGACAGGCCGCUGCCUGAAGCGCCACCUUGUGUGUAAUGGAGAAAUGGACUGCCUUGAUGGCUCUGAUGAGGACAACUGUGAAGAUGUCCGGGCCAUUGAUGAUGACUGCACCCAGUAUGACCUGAUUCCAGGCUCCGAGAGGGCUGCUCAUGGGUACAAUAUCCUGACCCAAAGAGAAACUCAAAGUGUGUACGACGCCAGGUAUUCUGGGGGCCAGUGUGAGCCUGUAUACAAUGGGGAAUGGAGGGAGCUCCGGUAUGACCCCACCUGCGAGCGUCUCUACUAUGGAGAUGAUGAGAAGUACUUCCGGAAACCCUACAACUUCCUGAAGUACCACUUCGAAGCCCUGGCAGAUACUAGACUCUCCUCAGAGUUGUAUGAUGAUGCAAAUGACCUUUUUUCUAAAGUAAAAAAUGACAAGUCUGGGUCAGUUGGAGUGACCAUUGGCAUAGGCCUCUCAGGCAGUAAUGUAAUGGUGGAGGCAGGUGUAUCCAGGUCACAAGACUCUUCGCUCUUGAAUAAGCUAAGCAAGUAUAAUAACAAGAAAUACAGCUUCAUGAGAAUUUUCACAAAGAUACAGACUGCUCAUUUUAAGAUGAGGAGAGACAAUAUCAUGCUGGAUGAAGGCAUACUGCAGUCAUUAAUGGAGCUUCCGGAGCAGUACAAUUACGGCAUGUAUGCCAAGUUCAUCAAUGACUAUGGCACCCAUUAUAUAACAUCUGGAUCAAUGGGUGGCAUUUAUGAAUAUAUCCUGGUGCUUGACAAAGAAAAAAUGGAAUCAUUUGGUGUUACCAGCGAAGAUAUCAAGACAUGCUUUGGAGGCUCUGUGGGCAUUAGCUAUGACUAUUCGGAUACCACGCAAAUUAAAGGAGGUUUAUCAGGACAACGAUGUGAAAAAUUUGGAAGUGGUGAACCCAUAGAUGGCAACGGGAGGACCAUGGCUGUGGAAGACAUCAUUUCUCGGGUGCAAGGUGGCAAUUCUGGCUGGGCUGGUGGCUUGACACAAAGCAGGAGUGCCAUUACAUACCGUUCCUGGGGAAGGUCAUUAAAGUAUAAUCCUAUUGUUAUUGAUUUUGAGAUACAGCCCAUCCAUGAGAUGUUGCGGCACACGAACCUGGGGCCCAUGGAGGCCAAACGCCAGAACCUGCACCGGGCCUUGGAUCAGUACUUGAUGGAAUUCCACGCCUGCCGCUGCGGACCCUGCUUCAACAAUGGGGAGCCCAUCCUUGAGGGCACCAGCUGCAGGUGUCUGUGUCCCCUGGGUCGCCAGGGCCUGGCCUGUGAGCAAAUGGAGCAAGAGGGAGCCAAGGCAGAUGGCCGCUGGAGCUGCUGGAGCUCCUGGUCAGCUUGCAGAGGAGGCACCCAGGAAAGGAGGAGAGAAUGCAAUAAUCCUGAACCCCAAAAUGGAGGUGCUGCCUGUCCAGGGCGGAAAAUGCAGACCCAGGCUUGCUGAGGGUCUCUGGGCACAGACUGGGACAGAGGCAGCUGAUGUCACCACCUGCACUGACCCCUGGAUGAAGACGUCUUUCAGCUCAGAGGAAACGCAAAUCAACAUGGACUUUUUUCUUUGUCCUGCCAGCUCCCAGUCCUGUCAUCAGCCCAUGCCAUCCAUAGCCAACUGUUCUGUGACCCACAAAACACAGUCAUUCAACAACUGGGUGUUGAGUAUUAGGUAGAGACUCGGUCCUGCUUGUGGCACUUUGGUUCAUCCAAAAAAAGAGGAGAAAUCUCAAUCCAAUCCAUGUCUCAGAGGCACUUUUAGGACAUUGCAGGUACAAGGCAGGCAGAUGCCCUUGAAACAAUCAAAGGCCAAUGAAACAAAAUGGGGAGAAUUA